AGAGCCGGCUUCAGACCCAGCUAACGACACUGAAGAUUGAGAUGGACGAAGCCAAGGCACAGGAGACCCAGAUGGGGGCCGAGAACGGGGCACUGACAGAGGCCCUGGCGCGCUGGGAGGCGGCGGCCACGGAGUCUGCGCGGCGGCUGGACGAGGCUCUGCGGCGCGCAGGCGUGGCGGAGGCCGAGGGCGAAGCCUGUGCGGCCCGGGAGGCGGUGCUGCGCGAACGCUUUAACGCCCUGGAAGCCGAGAUGAGCCCCCAGCGCAGAUCGCCUCGGCCGCGUCCCCGUUCGGGGUCCCGACCCCGGCCCAGCCCUCGCUCGCGCUCUCGCUCGGGACCCUCCGGGGGCUGCCGGCGGCCGGCGCGGCGCGCACGAGGGUGAGUCGACCCCCAGCCGGAAGGGGGCUUCGGCCAGGACAGACAUGGUGGGGGAGUGUCUGCGGGGACGUGUAUAGAGGCGCCCCCACGCUGGAUGCGACGCUCAGCUUUAGACCGUGGAGACGCCCUGAACGGAAACUUCACAGAAAGGAGCCUCAGCCCUCUCUCCCCGACCAUGUAAAGUGCUUAUUCUACAGACAGGGAAACUGAGGUCCAAGUGAUCAUGCAGGGAGCUAGUGCUUAGCUGGGAUUUGAAGUCCCCUUUAACAACAAUGUUACCGACAUCCCACAGAUAUGAAGACUGGAGGUCUAGCCCUGGCUCAGGAGUAACUGGAAAGGGUCACUUUCCCUCUCUGGGUCUCAGUUUACCCUAUCUGUAAAAUGGGUGAUUGGACUCUUGAUAGGGAGCUGAUUUGAAAACAAAAGCUGACAAAGGUGGCACAAUAGGAAAAUCGCAAAUCCCUCACCCUGUGAGAAGGGUACAAAACUCCCAGAUGGAAUUUAAACAAAAAGAACCAAGUAACAUGUUUGUUUGUUUUUG